GGAGAGGGGGGCGGGGAGUCUGAGGUGAGGUGAGGUGGAGCGUUGCAGGCUUGCUGAUCUCACGGCUAUUCAGGGACAGGUUGGACUGGUUUCUCCUCCACAGCACUGGUGUCAUUUGGCGGCUGUUGUCCAUAGAGAGGGAGGAAGAAGUGACGAGAUUAAAGAGGGAGCGUGGAAAGAGUGAACGGGUUCUCUGCACGUUUCAACGUUUGACUCGGAAAGACAUUUCACCAUGACAGAGGAUGGGGACUAUUAUGGAAAGCAUGGUGAGCCGAAGAAGUAUGACCCGACGUUCAAAGGCCCCAUCCACAACAGAGGCUGCACAGACAUUGUGUGCUGCAUCCUCUUCGCUAUCGCCAUUGUGGGUUAUAUCGCAGUAGGAAUACUUGCCUGGUCUCAGGGGGAUCCCAGGAAGGUGAUCUAUCCCACAGACAGCCGAGGCCAGUUCUGUGGGCAGGCUGGCACCCCACUGGAGAACAAGCGUCUGUUGUUCUACUUCAACAUCAUGAAGUGUGCCAGUCCUAUGGUGCUGCUGGAGUUCCAGUGUCCCACCACACAGAUCUGUGUGGACAAGUGCCCUACUAAGUUCAUGACGUUAGUCCAAGCUUACUCCAACAAAAAGGACUUUGAAUACUACAAGAACUUCUGCCAGGAGGGCGUGACCGACUCAAUGGGAAUACCGGACAUCCUAAAGGCACGUCUCUGUCCUGCCAUUCUGACGCCAAGCGUACCCUUCACACGCAGGUGCUUCCCAGCUUUGGGCCAGAACGGCGGGGUGAUCACUGUGGGAAACAAGUCUCAGUUUGAAGAUGAAACUGGAAGAAUUCGAGAUGCCAAGGACCUUGUGGACGGAGUCAAGAAUGCCACUGUGGUUAUGGAGGCGCGUCAGGUGGUUAUGAAAAUCUUUGAGGAUUACACACAGUCCUGGUACUGGAUUCUCAUAGGGUUAGUUAUCGCGUUGCUCCUCAGCCUGCUCUUCCUCAUUCUGCUGCGCUUCCUGGCUGGAAUCAUGGUGUGGGUCAUGAUUGCACUGCUGAUACUGGUAAUAGGAUAUGGUAUCUUCCACUGCUACAUGGAGUAUGCUGCUCUGAAGGGAGAGCCUGGCUCUAACGUGACGCUCCAGGAGAUUGGCUUCCAGACGGACUUCACAGUCUACCUGCAGAUCAGACAGACCUGGCUGGCCUUCAUGAUCAUCCUGGCCAUUGUGGAGGUCGUCAUCAUCCUCCUGCUCAUCUUCCUCAGGAAAAGGAUUCUCAUUGCCAUCGCUCUCAUCAAAGAAGCCAGCAGAACCAUUGCCCAUAUGAUGUGCUCCCUUUUCUACCCUCUGUUCACUUUCCUCCUCCUGGCCAUAGUUAUCGCCUACUGGGGAGUCACUGCAGUUUUCUUGUCCACGUCAAAUGAGCCCAUCUACAAGGUCUUCAAUGAGACGGCGUGUGAACACUCCAGAGAAGUUUGUGAGCCGGCUAACUACUCGACCAGUGACCAGCAAAGAGCGUGCCGAGACUCCCAGUGCCUCUUUGCGUUCUAUGGAGGAGAGACCGUUUACCAUAAAUACCUGAUUGCGCUGCAGUUCUACAAUGUCUUCCUCUUCUUCUGGUGUGCCAACUUUGUCAUUGGUCUGGGACAGAUGACGCUGGCCGGGGCCUUUGCCUCAUAUUACUGGGCCGUGGUUAAACCAGACGACAUGCCAGCCUUCCCAGUCUUUUCCUCCUUGGGGAGAUCACUCAGGUAUCACACUGGGAGUCUGGCGUUUGGUUCCCUUAUUCUCUCCAUAAUUCAGAUCAUCAGGGUUCUGCUGGAGUAUCUGGACCACAAACUUAAAGGAGCCCAGAACAAGUGUGCGAGGUUCAUGUUGUGCUGUUUGAAGUGCUGCUUCUGGUGUUUGGAGAAAUUCAUCAAGUUCCUAAACAGAAAUGCCUACAUUAUGGUGGCAAUUCAUGGCAAAAACUUUUGUGCCUCAGCCAAAGAUGCCUUCUUCCUCCUCAUGAGGAACAUGAUCAGGGUUGCUGUCUUGGAUAAAGUCACAGACUUCCUCUUGUUUUUGGGCAAAUUGCUCGUUGUUGGCCUCGUGGGCGUCUUUGCCUUCUUCUUCUUCUCUGGAAGAGUGAAAGCCUUUGAGGACACGGCUCCCACUCUCAACUAUUACUGGGUUCCCAUCCUGACCGUGGUGGUUGGUUCGUACCUCAUUGCAAAUGGAUUCUUCAGCGUGUACAACAUGUGUGUGGACACUCUGUUCCUCUGUUUCUGUGAAGACCUGGAGCGCAAUGACGGUUCGGCCGCGAGGCCUUAUUUCAUGUCGCCGACUCUCCGUGAGAUUCUGUGGAAGAGCAAGGCCGAGGACUCGUCUUCGUUUUCCGCUCAGCAACGGGAAGACGAGGAGUUGAAACAGCGGCAGACUAAAGAGGAGGAUGUGUCUUAGAGUAGUUUUUAGGAGAAACUGAAGAAGCUACAAGCACAUGAACACUGAAUACUCCUUUAACAACUACAGUUAAGAAGUAGAAAAUUCUCUUUUGCACUUAACCCACUUGUCUCAAAGAGGCAGAUUGUGGUGCAAUGAUAAGACGGACAAUUCCAGGUUCAGUGUUUUCGCUUCACUACACUCAAAACAAGUAGAUUCAACCUCUUUGUGUUGAGGACUGCAUGAAAGACCGUCUUUUUUAUUCACUACUUGACCCCUAAACAUUUCACUUUAACCUAAGGAAAUGUUUAAAUUUAAAUUGACCAUUCACUAAAUUCCUCUUUCAGACAGCGUUUGUGCGUUCACAGCUUAGAAACGAGCCUCCAGAUUCUAAAGAUGGAGAAUUGCCGUCAUGAAGCUAAAACUGAUUGAAGACUCACACCGUCCGUGUUUAUACAGAUCUCUCUAUAAGCCAUGCAUUCACUAUAUUUUUCUCAUCUCUUCUGUCGCCCCCUGGUGGCUAUUCAAUGUAUUAUAAAUUAUGGAUAAGGCCAAACCCGGAAGACUACAUUCACUAUUUAUAAGCUGGUAAAAUCAUCUUUUUUAACUAAUUAAGAAAUCUUGAAGCAACAGUAACUACUGGGAUUAAGUGAAAGGACAAUUAACCAAGCUUGUCUCUUGGAACCAGUGCUUUAAAAUGUACAUAGGAUUAUUACAGGCAUAAUUUGAUGCUUUGUGAAUAUGACAAUCUCCUACUGGAGGGGAUGAGAUUUUAGUGUUGGCAGCCAGGUCUGUCGUCGUCUUCUUCUUUUAAUGACGCAGUUCUUUGGAUUUCUGUAGCUGCUUUGUGUUCAAUAUUAGGAUUUUCAGACGUAAUCUGAAACGUUUCUUGUGCAAAGAAAAAGUGCAUUUGACAGCCUCUGGCCACUUGAAACUUGAAGCCGUUCAUGUGCCUGAUUUACUGUGUUAACGUUGGUCUGUUUGCAUCUGUGACUUAAAAUAAAAAAGGGUACUCGCUUGUUUACAGUCGGUGCAAACAGCACAAUAUAAUCAUCAGUGGUGCGUUUGUUAGUGUGCUGUGUCAUCGAUGCACUUUAUAUUUUCUCCCGUUUCACACAAAGCCAUUACCGAUGUGUAUCUGUGUGAAUGAAUGCUGGCGAUUUUACUUGAAGGUAGUUGUUUUAUAAUUUCAUGUCACGUUUAUAUGAUUGUGUAAGGUUCCCCACUUAAAGGAUUGAUUUUUCUACCUGAAGAAAAAACUGGAUUGUGACAUUCAAAUAUAGGCAGGAGUUAAACAUUUAAAGAAAAAAAAAAAAUAGCAGAUGUUUAGCUGAAAAAAUACUUAAUGCAAACAAAUAAUUUUUUCAAUAAUCAAAAGAUGCAUUAUACAUUAAUUUUCCUUUGUUGAAAAUAAAUGAUGAAUUAUUGAA